CCGAUGCCCACUACCUGACAUCGCCGUGAUUCUAUUCCCCAGUCCACUCCAUCACCAGGCAGUACAUUUACAUCUUCAGCAACACCACCGAUGAUGUCAUCCAGCGCUUCCUCAGCGGAAACACCAGCUAGAGUGCCCAGACAAGGUUCAGCCUCAGAUCAGACUACUUUGCCCAGAAACACGUUGUCACCAUCAUCAUCAUCAUCAUCAGCAGCAGCAGCAGCAGCAGAAAUAGCUGAAUCUCCAACAAAGCAGCGUGAUUACACACAGAUCCACAAAGCAAGGUACUCAUUUGGUAGUGAAGGCAGCGGGAGAGAUCAGUUUGACAGCCCUUGGGGACUAGCAACCAACAAAGCUGGUGACCUGAUCAUCUGUGACAGCUGCAACCACAGAAUAAAGAUACAUGGGGUUGAUGGCCAGUGCAAGCAGACGGUUGGCGUCGAGGGAAGAAAGUGUGGAGAGUUCUAUGGCCCAGACGCUGUGCAUGUAACAGAUGAUGAACGAGUGAUCAUUGCUGAUACUGGUAACCACUGA